AUGAAUAUAAAUAAAAAUAUAUACCAUUUUAUAGGUUCAGCUAUAUCUGUUAUAGCAGUUAUAGUUGGAUUAAAAAGUGUAUUAGUACAAUUAGAAAAUGGUGAAAAUGAAAGACCAGAAGUACAAGUUACACCAGAUUUCUUAGAAGCUAAUUUAACUAGAGAUGUUAGAGAUUCAGACCUAGAAUUAAUAUUAUCUAGACCUGCUGAAUAUCAUACUUUCUCAGAAUUACCUAUCUUAAAAUCUUAA